GUUGUCGGCUCGGAUUGGCGAGCUGCUGAGGGGAGGUGCAUCCUGUUGCAUAUUGCAGCAGCCCUGUAAGUGGCUCACAGGCCGAAACGAGGACGAUUGGAGGCCCGAGGCUGAUUGAAAGCUCCAGCGGCAGAGACUUCAAGGGGGUCCAGUGGGACUGGUGACCUCUGGGGGCUUAAACAGGGAGAAGCCUCAACCGACACGUUUGAACCUAGGAGGCUCUGCUGGCACAGACAACACCACUGGAGUUCCGGGUGCACAACUUUAAGCCUAUUUUUUUGAACUCUCUGCCCGCCUGGAGUAUAUUUUUUUUCUCUUCCAACAGAGGAAAGAGUGUUUUCUAACAAGAUCAAACAGCCCCACUCCAUUAGUGGGUAACUGUCAAUUGUAAUUUUAUGGACUUGUCAGAGUGCCUCCCCAGCCCUGUAACUGGAGGCAAAGUGAAGAAGCCAGGAAAACGGGGUCGUAAGCCAGCUAAAAUAGAUCUGAAAGCCAAACUUGAGAGGAGCCGGCAGAGUGCGCGGGAGUGCAGGGCAAGGAAGAAGCUCCGGUACCAGUACCUGGAGGAGUUGGUUUCAAGCAGAGAGAGAGCAAUCUAUGCUCUUAGAGAAGAACUGGAAAUGUACAAGCAGUGGUGCAUGGCAAUGGACCAAGGAAAAAUCCCCUCUGAAAUUAAAGCCCUACUGAGUGGUGAAGAACAAAGCAAACCCCAGCAGAACUCAGCCAAGAUUGCCAAGGCUGUGAAGACAGAUGCAAAAAGUCACAAUUCCUGGUAAAGAUCCAUCAGCAGACAUCAGAGUCAACAUUUUAUAAAAUGAGCUGAAGUUAAGAAAAGAAAACGCGGUUAUUUGUUAUCUUUAUAUGAAUCUUUCCAAUGAUUAUAAUGUUAGCCAGUUAUUAUGCUGCAGAAAACUUGACUAUUCAGAUGAAUUAUCAAAUGAAUGUGAUGGCAAGCUGACAGAAUUAAUUAUAUAACUUUUAAACCUUGUUUUAAUACAGAUGCUGAUAUUUGCAUGCAUGUAGAAAUGUUUGCUGUAACGUGCUUUUGAGCAUAUGAUUUGUGUUUAGUUCCCUGUUCAUUGUAUAUGAUAGCGGUUAUUUAAGCAACUGUGCAGUGAAGUCUGAGAUUUUCUUCAUUUGAUGUUUAAGUAGACUGAUACACAGGUAUUUGUGGUGCAUGUUGUGAUACUAAUUACUCUAUCCAGUUGUUGGCUGUGAAUAUUUAUAUUUAAUAGCUGCUGCCUUCCUUUUUAUACUUCCAUUGUUUUUGAACUAGUGUAACAUUGUAGCUAACACCAUACCGUGUGAACCAGACCUUAGCUCAAAUGUCACCUCUGCUUACUUUAGGCUAGUACACUCCACCUCCAGUUUGGGCUAAUACUGGCCUACUGUAUAGAAUUGUUGUAAAUAUACUUGAGGUCAAGUGUAUGAAUGUUUGCGUAUUUAAAAAGAAAUAGCUGUGCAUGCUUCUCUAUAUAAGCGAACAUAAGAGAGACAUUAACACAGGUGGGAUAGUUUUCUGGAUGUCCUGGGUAAUGUUUGUGUUUUACAAAGGGAACCAUUGAAAAGUAGGAUCCUUUAUCUACUGUCUGAAAUGUUACAGCUGAUCCAACCUUCUCAAUAAGCUAAAUAUGUGGACUAGACCUCUAUCAGUGAUGCCACAAACACUUACUAGCUAAAGAAUGGUAUUUAGUGUUUUUUGUUUUUCAAAUCAGUCCCAUCAAAUCAGGAGGUAUACUUCAUUCCGAACAUUAAAAAAAUCCUACCAAUCAGCUUGCAGAACAUGGACAGACAGCCCAGUUAAUCUUACUUUCCAGUUUCUCGUUUGUCUAGUCACUCAGUUCUUGGGAGUGAUGUUUGCUGUGAUUCUGCUGCACAAUGGAAACAUAGAAACUAAAUGAGUCAGAAGGUAUCUCCCAGGCCAUCUAGUCUGACCCCCGGCUCCAGCAAGCUCCGCUCACUACAUGCCUACCACGUGCAUGUCUAGCCUAAUAGAAACCAUGUCUGACGUGGUGCAAAUGACGCUGCCAGUUGUGGUACAUCCUGGAUCCUUUGGGCUGAUGUCACAGUCCACAUAUUUUCAAAAAGCAUGGACCUGGGCAAAAGCAAAAGCUGCCCUGGGCCAGCCUGCUUUGAGAAGCAUAGAGUGGGGAAUACAUCCAACAUAGUGGCAGGCCAGCUAUGGAUUAAUUUGUCCUCAUGAAUGAAUUAUGUAUUUCACUUUCUAAUUCAAAGGUUUAUCUUGUGAAAUGAGACAAGCUAUUUAAUACAUUAGAAAAUAACUUUAAAAUUGCUGAGGUGCUUUUAUGAAUAGGCACUUUUAAAAUUUAAAUUUCUUAAGCUUGUAUAAUAGUGUGAUAAAACUUCUUACUACAUUUAAGUGAAAUACCACUGAGCCAAUGUUAACAUGAAUGCUAUCAUUUUGAGUCAAAACACCAGUGCACUCUUUCUUGCUUGUUCAAUGCACUCAAGGAGCAGUUUUGUAAGGGAGAUGCCAUUUCCCACCUAUCUGGUUGGCUGGGUGAUAGCUGGAGAGAGAGAACAGAAGUGAUCUGCCAAGGACACCAACAGUGACUUUGCUCUUGCUGAAUGAAACAUAUCUAGUAAUUUUAUGCAAAUUAAAGGGUGAACAAGGGACAGGUGGUGAAUGGAUACUUUUAAUUAGUUGACUCUGUCCAAGACUUUUGAUGCAUGACAUCAUUUAGACUGUAGACUCCUUAUAACAUUGUACAUCAGAAUGUGAAAGUCUUGGUUUCUUAGAAUUGAAUGCAUUUAUCACAUGUAGUUGACAAAUAAUUACAUUACCUAUUUUGUUUUGUUGUUGUUGUUUUGCAUUAAAAUGGAUGUAAGAUCAA